CACUUUGACUUUUCUGGGAAACGAGAGGGACUUCUCUGCAGACUUUUUGGGUUUUGAGGGUGGAUUUGGAGCCACGGGUGAAAGCAGAGCGGAGAGCGCAUCUUCCCCGUGACGCUCCUCACUUCCACGCCGCGCGCCGGGCUGAGGCGACUGUCCAGCAGUCAUGCUGUAGGAGCCUGACAGUGAAGAAGAGGUGUGGGACUUGAGAACAUGCGCGACUGUGGACGGAGAAAUCUGUGGUUGCUGCUGCUCUGCCUCCACAUCGCCAUCCUCGCUUCAGGAGUGCAGGCAGGUGGGAAGAAGUACAGCGGCCCCUGCGGAGGAAGAGACUGCAGUGGAGGCUGCAAAUGCUUCCCAGAGAAGGGAGGCCGGGGUCAGCCCGGGCCUCUUGGCCCUCAAGGCCCACAGGGCCCUAAGGGGCGGCCGGGGGAUCUGGGCAUCCAAGGACAAAAGGGGCAGAAAGGCGACCAAGGAUCUGGUGGUGUAAUAGGUCCUAAAGGCAGUGCGGGGAUGACUGGCGUACCGGGGUUCACUGGGAACGAUGGGAUUCCUGGUCAUCCGGGUCAAGGCGGACCCCGGGGGAGGCCCGGAGCAGACGGUUGUAACGGGACCAAAGGAGAAUCAGGAUUCCCUGGGAUACCUGGCAUUGAUGGGAGUCAGGGAGCUGCUGGGCCGCCAGGAAGGAAGGGAGAAAAAGGAGACAAUCUGGACGUCAGAGUGUACAUGCAGCGCUUCAGGGGAGAUCAAGGAGCACCAGGAUUUGACGGACCUUAUGGACCUGAUGGACCAAAAGGAGGUGAAGGCAGCAGGGGCCCUUCAGGACCAAAGGGUCCUCCAGGUCCUCCAGGUCCCCGUGGACCAAAGGGUACCAUGACCAAAGUGCUGAAGGGAGUCAAAGGAGAGCAGGGAGACGUCGGACGACCAGGCCCGCCAGGAAACGACACUCGCCAGCAAAUAAAGCCCCCCUCUGGACAACCUGGACUGAAAGGCCAGAAAGGAGAAAAAGGAGAUGUGGACAUCACAAGAGGAGAAACCGGCAUACCGGGAUUACCGGGGCCGAGGGGGGAAAGUGGUAGAAAUGGGUUUCCUGGACUGCAGGGUGAAAUCGGAGAGAGAGGAUUUCCUGGCACUCAUGGCGUGAAAGGAGUCAGAGGUGAACCAGGAGUUCUGGUUCUACCUGCAGAUCCGUGGUCUUCAGGGGUUGGGCCCCCUGGACCUCCUGGUGAGCAAGGACCACUAGGAGAGAGAGGUCCAGUUGGAGACCAAGGCAACCCCGGAUUUCCUGGACUUCCAGCGCAUGAUACACAGCAGCAAGAUUUUUUUCAGUUCGGCCCAUUUGGUUUCAAAGGAGAACGAGGAGAAAAAGGCCAACAGGGCGAGCCCGGAUAUCCAGCCUUCAGGGCAGGCCCGCCAGGAGCCAACGGACGUCCUGGAGACCGAGGCCCUCCUGGACGCACCAAAUCAUGGGCUGAGUACUAUCAGGGCCCCCAGGGGCUGAGGGGAAGGCCCGGCAGUGCAGGCCAGAAAGGACUGAAAGGUGACCAUGGAGACUGUCAAUGCCAGAAUCUGAACCCUCAGAGCGGUUUACCGGGACCUGUCGGGCAGCCAGGCGAUGCUGGAAUGAUCGGAGAAUUUGGUCGUGAGGGCGAUUUUGGUGAUCCAGGUCCCCGAGGAGAAGACGGGUACCCUGGGACACCUGGCGCUCCUGGUCCUCUUGGCAUUAAAGGUCGAAAAGGAGACACAGCCGUCCCAAGAGAGAAAGGAUAUCCCGGAGACUCUGGUGAUCCUGGCCUUGAUGGAUUUCCUGGACAGUUGGGAAAACCUGGACAACACGGCCGGCCUGGCCCUCCUGGUUUCCCUGGACCCCCAGGAGAAGGACCCUUAGGGGAACCUGGAGACAAGGGCUUUCCAGGUCGCUAUGGAAGUCCUGGUGCUGAUGGGCUCUCAGGGGAGCCAGGACAGAACUUUCCAGGCCCAAAAGGCCUGGAUGGUUUACUUGGAGAUGCUGGCCUCCCCGGAUAUGACGGAGUGCCAGGACCACCUGGAACACCAGGUGGCUGUAGUCCAGCGAGUGGAGGACAGGUGGAUGUAACAGGCCUCUGCGAUGCUCUGCCAGGACUCCCUGGUGCUCCCGGACUUCCAGGUGUCCCUGGAUUACCAGGUUUUCCAGGAUCCAUUGGCACAAAAGGUGCACAAGGUUCUGACGGGGUCAGGGGGGUUAAGGGAGAACAAGGAGAACGAGGCAAAGGUGGAAGUCCUGGACCUGCAGGCUUUCCUGGUCCCAGGGGUGACGCUGGCAUUCCUGGAGCCAAAGGGUUAGUUGGGUCCCCAGGUGUACCAGGUGCUCACGGUCGAUAUGGGCCCAAAGGUGAGAAGGGUCUUCAUGGUGAAAUCUUGGGAGCAUCGGCUGGAGCACCAGGUGACCCGGGCCUCCCUGGACUCCAAGGACUUAAAGGCCAAGAUGGAGAACCAGGACCCCCAGGCUAUGAAGGAAUGGGCGGCAUGCCUGGUAUGAUUGGUUUCAAAGGGGAAAAAGGCUCUCUAGGUCUGUCAGGAGAGGAGGGAAAACCUGGACUUCCAGGAUUUUAUGGCUUCCCUGGUGAACCUGGAACAGCAGGCCAACCAGGGCCAGAUGGUGCAACUGGAGACCCAGGAGUCCCAGGAGAAAGGGGAACCGAUGGAGACUCAGGUCCUCCAGGUCCAAUAGGACUCAAAGGAAUGCCAGGUGAAUUUGGUGACGAUGGACCCAUAGGAGAGCCAGGCUCACCAGGUGACCCAGGAUGGCCCGGCACAACCGGACGCCCCGGACUUCCAGGGAUAAAGGGGAGCAAAGGGUCUUUUGGUAUGAGUGGUUUUGAAGGAGUUAAGGGGACUCCUGGGUCAAAAGGAAUAACUGGCGUCAAAGGAGAUGCCGGAAUGCCUGGACAGCCGGGCUUUAAAGGAUCGAUUGGAGAACACGGAGAAAAAGGUGAUCGUGGUGUUAAAGGUCCACCUGGCGAGAAGCCCCAAAUCCCUCUUCACAUCAUUGUUGACAUGAAAGGGGUCAAGGGUGAACAUGGACCUCUAGGGGAUCCAGGCUUCCCUGGACCGAGAGGCUCCAAAGGUUUGCCUGGUCUGCCGGGUUUUGAAGGAGUCCAUGGUAAUCCAGGAGAUCCUAGCGAUGUCAAAGGUCAACAUGGUGAUCCAGGUCUGCAGGGGUUACCUGGGAUCAAAGGGAUGCCAGGGCAAACCGGAGUUCGGGGCAUUUUAGGUUUCGAGGGGAUGUCUGGUGAGAAGGGAAUCAAAGGAAGCUCUGGUGCUUAUGGUGCAUCAGGAGAAAAAGGCAGAAAAGGAGUCAAAGGUGAUACGGGUCCUCGUAUUGACCUUCCCGGAAGUACUGGACUGAGAGGAGAGGUCGGACUUCCAGGAAACCCGGGGUUGAAAGGACUUUUUGGAACCCCUGGAGAUCCAGGCAUUUCGGGUUUUGAUGGUAUUGUGGGAAAGAGAGGAACACCCGGUGAUCCCGGAUUACAGGGGUUCCCAGGGUCAGACGGGCAGAAAGGAGCUCCUGGUUACCAAGGCCAGAAAGGUAUUUCUGGGUUCCCAGGAAAAGAUGGACUUCCAGGCUUUCCAGGAUUUCCAGGAAUCAAAGGUUAUCCUGGCCUUCAGGGUCUCCAUGGACUGCAUGGACUAAAAGGACAGAAGGGGACUUCUGGAACAGCAGGUUUGAAUCUUCCUGGUCAAGCUGGCAACCCAGGAGUGAAAGGACAGAAAGGAGAGACUGGUAACCCAAACAACCAACAAGGGGAUCCAGGAGCUUCAGGUUUUAAAGGAUUCCAGGGACCAACAGGUGAUUAUGGUCUGCCAGGGUUUCCAGGACUCCGCGGUCCUUCCGGACUAGAUGGUAUCCCAAAUGAACCAGGAUCUCCAGGGGAUCCUGGUUUUCCAGGACCCACAGGGUUCCAAGGUUUACCCGGUCCCAGAGGAUCACCUGGCUUUGAUGCUUCUCCAGGAGGGAAGGGUGAACCAGGAUUUAAUGGUUUUCCUGGAUUUCCUGGUAGCAAAGGAUUCAGUGGAGAUCCAGGUCAGACCGGAUACAAGGGACCCCAUGGGAUUUUUGGGAAAAAAGGAGUGAAAGGAGAGCAGGGAUUGAUGGGAAUUCCUGGCGUAACUGGUCCAAAAGGAGAGAGGGGACAAACAGGUUUUAAAGGAAACUCUGGCCUUCCAGGUUUUCCCGGGCAGCCAGGAAGUCGGGGUCCUCCUCCAAUACCAAUCAGAAUUCCAGGAGAAAGGGGCCCUCCUGGGCCACAGGGAAAUCUAGGACUACUGGGUAUUAGAGGGGAACCAGGACCCCAGGGUCCACCUGGAGAUUCAGGGUUCAUAGGACCCAUUGGACAGAAAGGCAUGCCGGGAGUUAGCGGGACACCAGGGACACCUGGAUUCCGGGGAGAAUUUGGCCAAAUAGGCCACCCUGGUCUGGAAGGCAUGGAAGGUCACCGUGGCAACCCUGGGACCACUGGAUUACCUGGUAUGCCUGGUCGCAGCGUUAGUGUGGGAUACUUGCUGGUGAAGCACAGUCAGUCAGAAGAAAAGCCCAUGUGUCCAGUGGGAAUGUCCAAACUGUGGGACGGCUACAGUCUGCUGUACUUUGAGGGCCAGGAAAAGGCUCACAACCAGGACCUUGGACUGGCAGGCUCAUGCCUCCCACGGUUUAAUACCAUGCCCUUCCUGUACUGUAACCCUGGGGACAUCUGUUACUACGCCAGCAGAAAUGACAAAUCCUACUGGCUGUCAACUACUGCUCCUCUUCCCAUGAUGCCAGUAGAGGAAAAUGAGAUCAAACCAUAUAUAAGUCGCUGUUCGGUGUGUGAAGCUCCAUCUGUUGCCAUCGCUGUCCACAGUCAGGGCAUCGACAUCCCCCAGUGUCCUGCGGGCUGGCGCAGUCUGUGGAUCGGUUACUCUUUCCUCAUGCACACAGCAGCAGGAAACGAAGGAGGGGGUCAGUCCUUAUCGUCGCCUGGCUCCUGCCUGGAGGACUUCCGCACAUUACCCUUCAUCGAGUGCAAUGGGGCCAAAGGCACAUGCCACUACUUUGCUAACAAACACAGCUUCUGGCUGACCUCCAUAGAUCAGUCUUUUCACGCUAAUCCAGCGCCGGAGACCCUCAAAGCGGGUCAACUUCGGUCUCGCAUCAGCCGGUGCCAAGUCUGCAUGAAGAACUUGUGAAAAAGACUGCACAGGAACUCGAAGCCUUUCCAUCUGAACUGAGAUCAGUUGAACUCCUUGAACCACUCAGAUGAAGCGUGCAGUGACUGUGAGUUGGCUCUUCAAACUGCACUGUAGUAAUGAAGAAAAAACACAAAGAUCUAUAAAGAAAAAACUGUAUUAUGGUCAAAUGUUUGUGUUUAAAGGAUGUUUUGGUGCUUUUUAACUUAUUACCUCAUCUAACAGUCAAAGAGUAAAAUACAGCAGAACCAAAGAUGCACCAAUUUAAGCAACAUGUUCCUUAUGGCUUCAGGUAAACAAUACAGACUUACUAACACUGCUUUGCCAACCAAGAAAACACUUCAAACCUGUUUUUCCACAGCUCUUUCCUAGCCUGUUUUUGUAAAAUUACAGCAAUUCUUUUUGGACACAUGUAUUGACUGCUUUUUAAAUGUCUUUAGCUUUUUUUCUUUUUCAUAUGUUCACCAAAAUGCACUGAUUUUUCCUGUUUGAAUUAACCACUUUUGAGAGUUUUAAGUGUUUAUCUUAUGUUGUCAUCUACACAUUUAAAUAUGGAGCUGCCAACAAGGCAAAGACAUUACCAGAAGUUUUCCAUUAAAAUAAAAAACAAAACAAGUUAGACCUAAAAAGUUUUGAUCGCUGUUGUUGCAUGGUCACUUGAUUGUAAGGAUUAAAUGUGUUUUUGUGAGA